AUUGGCAGGACAUUAGAUUACGCAGCACCCUUACACACAAUGGUAUAUUUGGGCAAUCACGUGUUCCGGGGCAAGAAGGCUCAACAGGCCUACGACAAGACCUUUGCCGGCAAAUACCAACGGCUUCUCCAGCGCAACCAUUUCUUGUACUUCGGACUUCCCUUUAUGCUCUCGAUUGUGGCUGGAUCCAUUUACUUGCAAAACUUCACGGCUGUGAAAUGGGAGAAAUACGACGCUAAGUACCGGCAAUUGAAUGAAGCCGAAAUGCUCGAUAUGAUUGAAAAUAAGAGGAAAGUUGAUAAAAAAAACGAUUACUAUCGAUUACAGGGUUUUGUAGACGAGCAGAAGGAUAAUGACUUUGAUUAUGAAAUGAUCCGAGUAAAGAGAAAGAAGGAAGAUGAGCCUGUAUGGUGAUUCACCUUCUGAUCACCCCCGCAUACCUUCGCAUGGGCCCUUUAGGUAUACUUAUUUGGUGUUCACGCAUUUUGUACAUAUAUAUUUUAAUUGAUACGAUGAGAUGAG